CUCUAACCACCGACCGGUAGGUACUUCUUUUUUUCCCUCUUACUUAAUCGUACCUAUUAAGCAAGUAUGAAGCAGGCAAGAGCGUUUGUUUAUGCCCCACUAUUUUCUCAACUUUGAAUUUGAUGGCAUAUUGUUUGACUAAAGACAACAGCUCCUAGCAAAUUCAACUCUCAUAACUCAUAAGUAGGCGCCUACCUAAUCAUCAACUUGAGCCAUAAACCAGCCUUGAUUGUUCAGACACCAAAUUCUCUCUCAUAAUUUAUUCAGUACAAGUUCAAUUACCUUAUCAUUUUUCAUUAUUGGUAUAUGAGAGCGCUUGUUUCGAAUACUCUGAAUAGAAAGCUCCACAAUGGCCGUGCCGAACAGUAACCUCCCGAUCCAGGUUGUCGAGCCUCAGGAAGGCUGGGCUCAUACUCACACAGUCAUAUUACUCCAUGGCAAAGGCAGUAAUGGACACGAAUUCUCGGUUGAAUUCUUUGAGUGCAAGACUUCCAAGCCUGUAGGUCAACCUCGGACACUGCGCGACCUUUUCCCGACCAUUCGAUGGGUUUUCCCUUCUGCACCAAUCAGACGCUCGGAGAGAUUCAACUGCAAUGAGUCACAGUGGUUCGACAUAUGGUCGGUGGACAGUCCCAACGAGAAGCCCGAGAUUCAGAUAAACGGCUUAAAGGAGAGCAUCGAAUUAGUCUUAGACCUCGUUCAACAAGAGGAAGCUCUUGUUCCGCGCAUAAAUAUCUUCCUAGGAGGAAUCAGUCAAGGUUUUGCAACUGCGUUCUCGACCUUUCUCUUCGGUGAGAAAGAUUAUGCUGGGUUGAUCGGCCUUUGUGGCUGGGCGCCUUCGGCGGCUUUAGCGCUGCUGGGGGGAGAACUGGACGGGAUACCAGAUUCCGAAGAGCACGACGAGACACCUGUGUUUCUUGGGCACUCGAGAGACGACUCAAUUGUUCCUCUUGAGGAAGGCCGACGACUAUGCAGUAUACUCUGGAGACGCGCAGAUACCGUGGUGGAUUUUCACGAAUAUGCAGAAGGUGGACACUGGAUCAACGAGCCGACGGGAGUCAAUGAUAUUGCUGAGUUUCUAGAGAACAACAUGAAUAUCGAAUAACUCUAUUGCAGUAACGAGACAAGAGACGAGGAAAUAUUCAAUUAAAAGUCGC